UACAUUAUCUUUGAAAAGAACGUCUUCUAACAAAACGAAAUUGUGUUGGUUCAUCGUAGUUAGUUUUUGCAACAAAUUUUAACUGAAAAUCACUGAAGAAAGACAGCAUAGAAAAUGCAUUUGCUGCUUUCUGCAUUUGCCAUUUUGAGUUUUACACUUCUUUGUCGAUGUCAAGAAGCGUUUGAAACUAAAACAGCAACAUGGAACACUCAAGGUGCUAAAUGGAAUCGCGUGAAAGAACUAUUGAAAAAGUAUAAGUUUGACGUUCUUGCUCUGCAAGAGUGCGGUGUAGAUCAAACGGGAGGCUCGUUUCUCACGCUAAUAGAUAGACAUUAUUGUAGAACGCAUCCCAACAAUUGUUACCAAAACAUUCCGAAGGAUCGGUUCGCGGAUCCAGGCCCAUUCGUAACCAUUAUUCACGUCGGCUUUGGACAAGUUAUACCAACUGCGAUAGACAUAUUCGAAUAUGAAAUUCAAGCUGGUACCGGAAGCAGAGGUUCCAGAUAUUACGUGUAUCUGCAUGAGUUGCUCAAUGCGAGAAAUUCACGCACAAGCCUAGCCAUACUAUCCAAGGAAAGGGCGGAACGUGUGAUUUUGGUUUAUGAAGAUAAAGUGAAAAGGCCAGUGAUUGGUAUUAAGAUAAAGAAAAAAUAUCACUUUAGCAUUCAUGCUGGUGCAUUUGCGGCGAAUCCAUCGCAUAAAACCGUUGAAAGUAUUUUGAAACAUAUUAAACAAGAACACGGAGAAUCGUUUAUGAUCAUGGGCGAUUUCAAUAAAGUGCCAGCGUCUAACAAUCCUCCAGCAGUUACGUCUAUCGAAGUCACCAAAAUUUUUCCACAUUUGCCUACGCAACGAAGUGGAAGUACUCUAGACUAUGCGUUUGGUGGAAUAAAUACACUAAAAGUAACGCCAGCUACAAUAAGAAAAUUUCAAGCAAUGACUUUCAGUGCAACUGUUAUCCAACAAUCUUGGUCUGAUCAUUAUCCGGUAAAAUUCGAAGCAAAAUAGUGGUUUGGUUGGAAUUGAAAUUGUUGAUUACGAAUAAAGACUAAAGAUCCAUUAAA